GUGAGGCGAAGCCGACGUUCACUUUCACGCUUGCAACGUGAUCGGCGUGGCUCCCGAAGUUUGGAGGAGGCACGCAUAGCGUCCUUUUCAACGCAGGGGUCUCAUCUAGUCAACAACACCUCCGAGUGACCGUCGAGACGAAAGACUACGAUAAUGUCUCGGAACGUCGUUUUCCUGGCGCUGUUCUUGGUCUCCAUGAAUUGCCUAGCCGCAGCCCACAGCGGUAACAAGUACAGCGAAGCCAUGAACAAAGUUGGACCACCUCCCCCCGCAAACGCCGAGAAAAAACCGUUUCGCAUGCACAAGCUCAACCUGAUUUGGGAGAAGGCACAGAAGAGGCUAAGCGAAGCCAAACUGAAGGGCCUCUUUGCCGACCUCAAAGUACAAGACAAGGAAGAGCUUGCCUGGAAGAAAAUGGUGGUCCAGGACAAGGAAGGUCUCAAGGAGGCUGAACUCCGAAGCAAGCUCAAAGCUAUUGUGGACAAGUUCGACCUGGCUGACCAGUUCAAGCACCACCAAGACGAACCUCCCGAGCACCCGAAUGUGGCUCGCAAGGAAGGCUACAUGUUCCGGGACAAGAAGCUCAACAAGCUCUGGAUGAAAGUGCAGAAAGCUGGCCUCAGUGAUCAAGAGCUGCGUACUCUCAAGGAAGAGUUCCAACACCAUCAGGACAAGAUCGACCAGUUCUACGCAACACAGGACAAAGAUGAGAAGGAUUUGGCCAACGACGUGGAGCUGAACAUGCUGGGCGAGGAGGAGCGUCAGAACGGCCUCCUGUCGGGAGACUUGGAGAAGCAGGGCCACGAGGCGCUGCUCGAUUCGUACCGCAAGCUCAAUAGCCGAGCCGAGGAGGCCUGGAAGCGCAAGGGCGGCUUCGCUGAAGACAAAGUGCAGCGGCUCUGGAAGCUCGCGCAGCAGGGAGACUUCUCGCCCUCGGAACUGGAAUCUCUCAAGGAGGAGCUUCAGCACUACGAGCACAGGAUACGAAAGCUGGGCCACUUCCAGACCGAGCUGGAACAGCACGGUGCCGACCCCAAGGCAGCUCCGGACGAGGACCACGUCAAGACGCUCAAGCAGCGCAUCAAGCAGUACAGCCACAAGGUCAACAAGGUGCACCAGGAUCUGGAAGGACGCAUCCUUCAGCGACAUCUGGAACUCUGAAAUCUCUCUAAUGCUAUUGCUGGACCAAAGGGGUUCCUUCAAGGAAGGCAUUCCUUCAGCAUGACUUUCAAAGCCAAACCCAGUGCCUUUGAGAUAAGCUGCUCACGCACAGUUGUCCCUGAAUCCUUCGUGUCCUUCAUAUGCUCGUGUUUGUCAAUGCUACUCAGCGCAAAGUGUUCCAUCUACUUUAGUAUGAGCAGAACAGUGCCACCUUUUGGCCGAACGUUGCAUUACAUGGUAGCACUGACAGGUGGAUCUUAUCCUGAAGAGGUUCUCGUAAAUUUUUUGGAUUGGGGGGCCUUUAAGUAGGCACUUGGAGCGGCACUAAAGCAAAUACUAACUAGAACUAGAAUGAAGUUCUAGUGGGCUACAGAGUACUGCGUAAAUAGCUAGAGCUCCACGUAUACAUUACUUCUUCAAUGAAACUGAGUGGCUGUUGUCCGUUCGAGAUUUACUUAUAAGGUGUCGCACAGUGCACAUCAACUGUAAUUGAGUUGCGGUCAGGACUUAGUUUCUCGAUCAUGAUUGGCUGAUUUGUGCAGUGUCAAAGGGAGCCAGUUGCAGUCGAGAAAUUUAGGUCUUGAUUGGAGCUCUAUCGUGAUUGAAAGUGUCAGGGUGACGUCCGUAUUACAAGAUCAGCAAAGUGGGCAAGUUGUUUGAGGUUGAUGUUUAAAAGCAGUCUGAAUGAUUACUCUUUAACUAGUUCUGGCGAUCUAAGAUGCAAUCAGUAAUGCUGAAGCAUGGUAAACAGUUCAAUCAUGGUCUAUUUCUACCAAUUACUUUCAAAUUUUGGUGCUGAGCUAUGGAAAUUUUGUAGAUACAGGGGUUAGUGGGUAUUUUCAUAUUCACCGUUUGUGAUGCAAUGGGAGAAACAAGAGCUGGUCAAUCUAUGCAUGGACUCUUGUAAGAAAAGCUUCUCUAUAGAAGCUUGUCUAGAAGCUUCUACAGCUUUUCUAAAGCUUGUCUUAAGCUCGGCAGGUCAACAACUGCAGGGGCACAGAUACUUAGUCAUGUUUGUGUGAUGCGUCGCUCGGUGUUUGAAGCUUACGUCUCUUCGUGCAUUUUUUUU